CGCACACUCUUGUUAAGCGAUAAACCUUGGCAGAAGAGAGGACCUUCCUCGCUGGAGAGCAGCUCGAGGGGAGAUGGAUGGAUGCUCUCUCGCCGAUAUGCCUGGGCCUUCCACCAUCCCAGCCCAACCAGACACCUCAGCAGAUGGACCCAAGCCUUAUGAUUCUGAAUUUAAUUGCCAGCGCUGGCCAGCAGGUGCCCAAGACCCCUCUCAAAGCUUGCCACUGCUGGAAGCCCAGGGCCCCAACGUCACCAUGGAAAUUGAAACCCCCAAAGAAAAGUCCGAGAAAACAGAAACUCGGACAGGACAAUGUUGGAGACGAAUCUGCGGAAGUUUGAGCUAUGUCACAGGUGAUAUGAAGGCAUUCAGAGACUGGCUGGAAGAUAAGCCUCUGUUCCUUCAGUUGCCUGACUGGGUCCUGCGUGGUGUGUCCCAAGUGAUGUUUGUCAACAAUCCCCUCAGUGGUUUGAUCAUGAUUGUGGGGUUCUUGGUCCAGAGCCCCUGGAUGACACUCACAUGUUGCACAGGUGUCGUUGUCUCAACUUUGACAGCGCUCAUUCUGUGCCAAGACAGGUCAGCCAUCGCAGCAGGACUGUACGGCUACAACGGGGUGCUGGUUGGGAUGCUCAUGGCUGUGUUCUCAGACAAAGGCGACUAUUAUUGGUGGCUGUUGCUUCCUGUUGUUCUCGUCUCCAUGACAUGUCCUCUUUUCACGAGCGCUUUGGGCUCCCUCUUCAGCAAAUGGGACCUGCCAGUUUUCACGUUGCCGUUCAACCUGGCUCUGAGCCUGUUUGUAGCUGCUACCGGCCACUACAAUCUCUUCUUCCCGGCGACGCUUAUUCAACCUGUAUCUGCCGUGCCCAACAUCAGCUGGUCAGAAAUCCGGGUGUCCUUGCUUUUGCAGUCGAUCCCAGUUGGGGUGGGCCAGGUGUAUGGCUGCGAUAACCCUUGGACCGGAGGCAUUAUCAUGGUGGCCCUGUGCUUUUCGUCCCCCCUCGUCUUCAUUCAUGCUGUGAUUGGCUCAGCCCUAGGAGUGCCAGCAGCUCUGAGUCUGGCCUCCCCUUUCAACAGAAUUUACGCUGGCUUGUGGAAUUACAACAGCUGCCUCUCGUGCAUUGCCAUUGGGGGGAUGUUCUACGCUCUCACCUGGCAGACCUUUUUGCUGGCGAUCACGUGUGGCCUGUUUACUGCCUAUGUGGGAGAAACACUGGGAAAUAUGUUUUCUGUGUUUGGCAUGCCACUGGGGACCUGGCCGUUCUGUCUGUCUUCGCUCACCUUCCUGCUUCUAACCACCACCAACGAGGCCAUCUAUAGGCUGCCUCUCUCCAAAGUUACUUAUCCAGAAGCUAACCGGACCUAUUACUUGACCAGAAAGGAACAGUGCUCCAAAUCCACUUGUGAUGUGUAAGAGAUUAAAUCACGAGCACCUCUUUUCUCACCAUGCUAGAGAAGCCAUCUUGGCAUUUCCUAGGGACGAGGAAGACUGUGAAACAGAAGGGGGGUGGGAUCCAUUCUGGCCGAUGUUCACUGGGCAUUUUUUUUGUCCAUUUUACAUUGUAAAUACGUACCUUCACUGGGUUUCAGAUAGCAUUGAAAGUCGCUCAAUAGUUCAGUCAGAAGCUAGCACAAUGUCUAGUUCCAGUUCCUUCGGAAAGGUGCAUGAAGCUUGUGGAGUGAACCGAGGGGUGAGCAACAGGUUGGCUGUCUGUGCCCAACAGAGGCCAAAAUGGGCCACUGGGGGAGCACAACUGGAUUUUUUUAAAAAAAAAAAAAUUUAAAACAGGAAAUUAAGUAUGGGUCAUGGGAGUGAACUUCACCCUCUAAGCUCCAAAGAUGGGCCUGUGUGAUUCUCAAACUUAUGGAGAUGGCCCUCCUCUGGUUUAGAUCCAGAAUGACCAGCUGGAGGAGAUUCAGCUGGAUCUGCCUUUGAAACAUUUUUUAUAAGAUGUGGCCAGGUUUUCAAUCAGGUCGGUUUAAGAACCUGCAUGCCAGUCACUUAGAAAGACAGUCUGGGAGAAUGUGACUGGGCUGGAUCCAUACUUAAAGCAGAUACCCUGAAAUGAAUGGAUUAUCUGAAUGAUGAUUAUCAUGUUUUGCACUUUAUGGUCUGCUGAUAUAGCUACCUAUAGAUCCAGUCCAGUUAAUCUACAGUGUUCGCAUGAAGACUCACUGAUUUAGAUUUCGCAUACAAAAGCCCAGCUCCGCUUGAGUGUAUACGCUCCACUUGAUUUGAAGCCCCACUGAUGGAUGAUAUUGACGUUAUUAUAAUGCCUGAAAACUCCUAAGAGGUCAGUUUGUCUAAGAGAGAGCCCCAGUUCUAGAAACAGGUUCCAGACCUGAACAAAAUUAAGCUCAUCAGUUAAGGCUGGCUGCCGUUAAUUUAUUUAAUCAUUUAUUUAGUCAAAUUAUACCCUACCCAACUAGUGAUAAGCCACGAGUCUGGGUCGAUACACAAAUUAAAGCACAAGAAACAAAUUAAAGCAAUAAUCCUAUGAAAAAUACUACCCCAACAAACCUAAUUAACAAUGCCUAAGUUACAAAACAAACAGAAACAAAACAGUUGAUUAAACAUGUAGCAAUCAAUGUAGGCGCAUCACAAAAAUACGAAGAAAAUAACAUUUUAAAGGAGGGAGGCUUUCAAAGACCUGGGUAAAAGCCAGAUUUUGAUUUGUUUCCCAAAGCUAAGGAGGGUCGGGGCCUGGCACACACCUCGGUGGAAAGUGAAUUCCAAAAUCAGGUGGCCACUACUGAAACGAUCCUGUUUCUGGUUGACAAUUUCCUGGCCUCUCUUGGAGUGGCCACCCUAAACAUCAAAGGCUGGAGAGACAGGAAGUCAACCUCAGAGAAAGAUGUUCUAUCAGUUAACAAGGUCCCAAACCAUAAAUGACUUUAUAAGAGAACAUCAGCACCUUGAAUUUGGCCUGGAAGCAUACUGGAAGCUGUUGCAAAAACGCCAGCACAGGCAAUAUAUAUGGUCACAUUUCAGUGUAUCUGUGACCAACCCGGCCACUGUGUUUUGCACUUUGCUGCAACUUCCGAACUGCCUUCAAGGGCAGCCCCACAUACAGAGCAUUGUGACACUCAAUCCUUGAGACUGUUGUUGUUGUUUACUCAUUAAGUUGUGUCCGACUCUUCGUGACCCCAUGGACCAG